GAAGCUUAAACGGGAAGGGCCACCCAGCGACGUGGGCGCGGGCACCGUCGGUGUCCUGAUGACGCCCAGCUUUACGUUGCCACCCCAGGCCGCUCUGGCAUGCGGAGGCUGCGGGGGUCUGAGCGAGAGACGCCCGCAAGACAAAAGUCCUGCUUGUCCAUCGGGGCUCUCGGUCUGCUCCAGUGUUGUUGUCGCUCUCCCUGAAGGGCAAGUCUGUGACUUGGGCUCCUUUUGGACUAACAGCUCCUGCAAGAACAGCAGACAGAAUGAUGCGAGGCUCUAAGAGCAGGGUGCGCCAUUGCUAAAGGCAAAGACUGAAACAUGUCUUAUCGAGGGAAUGAGCGUGACUUUCAAACCUCAGCACGGAGGAUGGGGACAUCCCUGCUUUUUCAGCUGUCAGUCCAUGAGAGGGAACUAGACUUGGUCUUCUUGGACCACAGCUAUGCUAAGCCAUGGAGCGCCCACCCUGAUGCCAGUAAUGCCCGUCCCACACGCCUGCUGUUUGUCACUCCCAGGCGACAUCAGGAUAAUAGCGCUAUAGAGGCAGAUGUUCCUAUUGACGUAGAAACAGUGACACCUACACCGGUGCCCCUCUAUGACAACCAGAAGGCCCGAACUGUGAUGAAUGAGUGUGAACGCCAUGUGAUUUUUGCCCGUACAGAUACUGAUACACCUCCUCCACCUGAUGACUGGGAGGAGCAUAUGAACAGAUCUGGCUGGACAGUGGCCCAAAACAAGCUGUUUAAUAAGAUCCUCAAAGCCUUGCAGUCUGACCGACUGGCCCGAUUAGCUAACGAAGGGGCUUGCAAUGAACCGGUGCUUCGAAGAAUAGCGGUGGACAAGUGUGCUCGGCGGGUCCGCCAGGCUUUGGCCAGCAUCAGUUGGGAGACCAAGCUGAUCCAGUGGCUUCAUGCAACUUUGGUAGAAACGCUCAGUUUGCCAAUGCUGGCUGCGUACCUGGAUGCUCUGCAGACUCUCAAGGGAAAGAUUCCCACCCUGAUCGACCGGAUGCUGUUAUCUUCCACUGCAAAGACGGGUGCGGCAGGUGCCGAGGCGUUGUCCCUCUUGCUAAAGAGGCCGUGGGAUCCAGCUAUUGGCGUUCUUUCACAUAACAAACCGAGCAAGUUACCUGGUUCUCCCCUCAUCUUACUGGCAUCAUCUGGACCCUCCAAUUCCAUGUUCCCCACUUCUCGGCGGCAUCGAUUCUGGCAGUCACAACUCUCUUGUCUGGGAAAGGUGAUCCCAGUCGCUACCCACAUAAUGAACAAUGGCAGUGGAGUUGGGGUGUUGCAGUGCCUGGAACAUAUGAUUGGUGCCAUGAGAGGCAAAGUGCUGGAGAUCCACAACCAUUUCUCUCACAAGCCAGUGAUCCUGAUUGGAUGGAACACGGGAGCUCUGCUAGCCUGUCACGUUUCUGUGAUGGAGGAUGUCACUGCAGUUGUGUGUCUUGGAUUCCCCCUGUUAACGAUAGACGGGCCCAGAGGGGAUGUUGAUGACCCUCUUCUGGAUAUGAAGGCACCGGUUCUCUUCGUGGUUGGUCAGAAUGCUCUCCAGUGCAACACUGAAGCAAUGGAAGAUUUCCGAGAGAAGCUGCGAGCUGAAAACAGCCUGGUGGUGGUUGGGGGAGCUGAUGAUAAUCUCAGGAUAAGCAAAGCCAAAAAAAAGUCAGAAGGCUUGACCCAAAGUAUGGUGGACAGGUGCAUUCAGGACGAAAUAGCUGACUUUCUGACGGGAGUGCUUACUCGAGCAGACACCCACUCAGGCUCUGAUCCUCGGGACCUAGACAUGGAGAAAAAGAAAAAAACAGCCCGGGACGCGGCUAGGCGGGAUCUGUCCUUCGACCUGCCAGACAGAAACAGCCGGCCGGCCUCUCCAGCAGCCAAGAUUCCGGCUUCACCUUCCGGGUCAGAGGAGUUUUCUAGUGUCUCCAGCAGCCCUGCCUCCAGUCCCAAGGCUAAAAUGGCAGUGUCUUCUCUUCAGAAAUCCAGCCAGGUUGGUGCCAGCCAAUUGCUGAAAAGGUCUGUGCAGCGAACGGAGGGAGCUGUGAUGCACAAGCAAGCCCAAGAGCAGUCACCAGACGCAGGGGAGAAAGAAGAGCUGCGGAAGCAGCUGAAGAGACAUCAGGCCCCCAGCCCCACUCAUGGCAGCAAAUCUUCCAAGCGAGCUAAAAUAAAGGUGACCAUCGUCUCUCAUGGAGAAGCUGCUGGCCCCGGAAACGGCACAUCCUUGGAUGGACCACCCGAAAUAGCUGCAGGAAAGCCUGUUGCUGUGACCUUGGGACAGACGAUGGCUGGUACAAAGGAGGUGACAGGAUUGCUUGCCACCUCAAUGCCAAGUCCUGCAACAGACAGCCCCUCCUCUGCCAGUCCCACCCCCGCGGCUACAAUCCCCAGCAACGCAGCUCCCAGUGCUUUCCAUGCUCUGCAGAACAGACUCGUUGCCAGCGGCACCCCUUGCCUGCAGACCCAAUCCGCCGGUGCACUCCCAGGGGCAGCUUCGGCCAGCAGCCUUCUACAAGGUUUGAGCUUCAGUCUGCAGGACAUCAGCACAAAGUCUGCUGCUCUUCCAGCCAGUGUUGCUGCCGCUGGGCCCUUGGCACAGAACUCAGCCUUGAAGACCUCAGCACCACUCCAGAGCCUGAGUACAAUCACCACCAGUGCAGGCACCAUUGUUCGAACAAUCCCGGUUGCCACAUCUUUAUCAUCUCUUGGAGCCUCGGCUAGUGGGAAGCCCACCACCAUUCAUCAGCUGCUUACAAAUGGGGGUCUGGCAAAACUUGCAAGCAGCCUCCCUGGUUUGGCUCACAUCUCUGGCCAGGGGGCAGGCUUAAAGGCCCCAACUACCAUCACAGUGACCCUCCGGGGACAGACCAAUCGAGCCACCACUCUGAGCCAGACAGCCAUGGGGGCUGCCCAGCCCCAGUUGGAGGAGCAGACGCAGCUGUUGCUUCCCCCACCACAGUUGCCCCAGGUUGCAGAUAGUGCAGCUGGGAAUCUGGCCUGCCCAGCUGCCAACCCCAUUCCUCCCGGCAAACGAUUGCCUCAGUUGGAACUUGGCAAAACCCAGAGUGCUACCGAGAGACUUCCUGCUGAUCCUGCAUCUCAGCCAUCCUCAGCUGCAUCACUGUCUGUAGUAACUACCACAAGCCCCAUGAAGACCCUCUAUGUGAUGUCAGAUGCCAAACUCUCUGCACUCACAAAAUCUGUCAUGGCAGAAGCUGCGUCUGUCCCCCUGAAACCCACAGCAGUCCAAACUGCUGCUGCUGCUGCUGUUUCCUCUGCCUCUUCCUCGUCCCCUCCUGGAGCUGUGACCUUUGCCGCCACAACUACAACCAGCACACCUUGUAGUCUGGGGCAUUCUAAAGUGGGACCUGUUUUGCAGACAGCAUCCAAGACAGUAAUACUCACAUCUACACUAACAGCUAUGAAGACUGACCGAAGCCUGGGACAGAGAGGGGAGAAGAUGACUCUGCCCAAAGGGCACGAACUUGGGUCUAUGGAGACUCUGGGCAGAGUGCCAUCUGUAAUGGAUGACAGCAGCACCAUCAUUCACACCCGGGAGAGUCUCACAAACAGACACUUGCUUCCUCAGGGCAUGUUGCCUACAGCAGCCGGCACCACACUUAUUACUUUGAGCAGUAACCUAGCUGGCUCCUCCAUCAUCCCCACAGCUGGGCCUGCCCUCAGCCAGAAGCCAGGACAUCCCACCAUUUAACUUAUUUUUGGCUUUACCAUGGAAGGUAAAAUUUAAGGUCUAAGCUCUAUCAUUCCUGGCUUCCAUAACAAGAGGACACAUUGUUUUUUGGGGUUGUUUUUUUUUGGGCCCUUUUAAUAAACCCUUUGUGUAUGUAGCACCUUUUAAUUGUUCUAUAAAGGACUGACCUAUUUUUCACAAGUAUUCAGUACAGACUAGAUGCUUCUAUUUGGGGUUCUUACAGUGGAUAUCCACGGUGUAUAUCAGGGAAGUAUAACAAUUCCAUUAACAAUAACAGGGUCAGACUGUAUUCAAUGCCUCUGGGCCUUCCUAAGUAGACCAGGUGAAAUGGCAUAAAUGGGAAGGAGGUCAUGGAUUGGAGGGGUACUGAAAAGUUUUAUCUUGCUCAGGAGCAAAUCUGCCAGUCUUUUACUGCAUCGCGUAUGAGCAGAAAUAUCUCGGUAUACCUUUAUUUUGAGAACCAAACAAGCCCACAAGAGAAAACUUCCAUUACUGAUGGAACUUUAUUUUGCUUCCAAGAACACAAAACAUUUACCAUGUUCCUGUUAAGACAAAGCACUGAAAGCAUGCUCACAGCUUUUAAUUAACAAUAAACCCCCUUAGUUUGUAUGCAGUUCCUAUGGCAGACUUCACUCAGAAAUUGGGAAAUCUGAAGAAAAGAAACCAAAUGAAAGGUUUAAAUCUGAACCUACCAAGUGUGGAGAUUAGUGGGAACAAGCUUGGUACACCAGAGCAACUUACAUUCUGUACCAGUAGGGCUCAGAAAUACAAUUUAUUAUCCAUGGUAAAAUGCAUUCCCUGAUAAAAACAUGUCUCCUGAAACUCUACAUCAUAUAACGUAAAUCUCUGAUUUCUAUGAACCACCAUUAGCACAAU